ACGUCAGCGUUCCCCGAUUUUUGUUUGCAUAUUCGUACUUUUUUCCAGUCUAAUCUUCAGGGAAAUCGUACCGGAUAUAUAUGUAUUUUCUCAUUGUAGCUCUUGGAAACACUCGCAUAGUGUGUGUGAAAGAAAAUGUCGUCUGCUGUUGAUCACGGAUGUUUACCAAACACACAAGCAGUCGAAUAUCGGCCACGUUUUUAAUAUAUACACACCACACGAUCACAAAAAUGGGGUCACGUCCGUCGUGAGUUCACAUCGUAGAAUAACAGAGCUCACGUGUGAACAAUGGUGGUCGAAAAAAGGCUUGAUAAGUUACCUAAGGAUGAGAUUAUUAACAAUUAAGGAGACCGGCGACUUGUUCUAAGCUACACCUUAUAGCCUACAUUGGAAAACAUAACCUUCAAGAUGUAUUGGCCAGUGCAGGCGAUUCAAGACGACAGCAUUGUAGAUGCUUCUGGCAAUAAACUUGAGCAGACGACGACUAACUCCUGUAACAUUGAUCGUGCAAAGGAGAGACAUCUUUCAUCUACCCCUUUGGAUCUCUCAGGGCCGCUCGGUGACUUACAUAAACCUAAUGAAGGUGAGAUCCCGUUGGAUUUAUCCUUGAAACCGAGAAAACGUCACGCGAAUUCCAUUGAAACAAGAGAAAUGUAUCUCGCUCACCAACAGUUGUUUUCUAUUGGGAAAAGACCUUGCACAAGUGCGACCCAAAUGCAAUACCAACAAAAGCCUGUGGCUCAAACAGUGGUACAAGGACCAAAUAGCUAUGUUGAGCAAAGACAGACAAUUGAUCGACAAAUACCGUUUCAAAGACAAUAUUUACAACAUAGUAAAAUUAAUGAGCAUAGUCAGCCAGGACUUGAACAGAGACACACAGUGGAACAAAGACAGGCUAUCGAACAAAGACAAGCUUUUGAACAAAGACAGGUACUAGAGCAGAGACAAGCACUAGAACAGAGAAAAGCUAUUGAACACCGGCAUAUUCUCGAACAGAGACAAGCAAUCGAAGAGCGACAGCGACAAUUGAUGGAGGAGAGACAGAGAAGACAGGUGUUGGAGGAGAGGCAGAGACAAGCAAUAGAGGAAAGGCAUCUUGUGCUUGGUUAUGGCGACAACUUGUAUAAAAACAAGCAAAUGUCGUCAAGUGCAGGAUAUCAAGAAAUUCAAGACAUGUUGGUUCACAGAAACACUAGUCAACCAGAUAUGCCUGUUAUUAAGCAUGGUGCGAGUACGUCUUGGCAAAAUCAACAAGUUGUCAAAAGUAAAUCUUUAAAUCAAGAACAUUAUCGAAGAGCAUCUCAGAUCCGGUAUUCAAACAGAAUGAAAACAAAUCCAAGUUCUGAUGAGCAGUACUAUGCCAUGCUUCAGACUAUCCAAAAACAAAACGCGGCGAAGAAACAGCAAAUAGAAACCGAACGCCGUUUUGCCGAAAGAGCAGUAAGAAUACAAGAUACGUUCACUUCAACACAGCCAAAACUUGUUCCUAAAGCUAGUACAAUAGCCCAUUCAGCUUCAUACUUAGAAAGACCAGCGCAGGCAUAUGUGCAAAAUACACCAUUGAUUAAAGAUGUUGAUUAUAGUCAGCGUUUAUGGAAAGCGGGAUUUGCCGAGUCCUCCCAGCAACGAAAGAUUGCUGAAUCAGCCCAACACCACAACUCAGAAAAUCCCCACGCGAAGAGUGUUGUUAAGCAUGGAAACAUACCGUCGUGUUACAAAAUCAAGCAAGAACACCCCGAUCUCUUGCCCACAGGCGUGUACACUCAACCAUACAAAAUCAAGCAAGAACACCCCGAUCUCUUGCCCACAGGCGUGUACACUCAACCCUUUGGGAGUGACAUGUCUGUUCAGGUGGAGCAAAAGCGUCCAUAUUUAAAUCGAUCGUCACAGAUUCCACAUUCCUCAAGUACACAUAAAGAAGGUCUAGUGGUUGAUGGUCACCCCCCAAAAAUGAAAGGCUCUAUGGUAUCUUUGUCAUCAGACGUUAUUUCAUCCCAUAUUCCCCAUCAGCCGGAAAGAUCCAUAAUGAAGGGAACCAGUGGAGUUUACUGUUUUAAUGGACUACAAGAACCACUGCAAAGAGAAUCAAAACAAUGUCCAACACAAGAAAAUAUUGCGAAGAACAACAUUGAAUGUCCAAAACCUUGCGCUGGACAUGAAGCAUCGCUUUCUAGUCAUAAAUCGUCUAUUGUAGAUCAGUAUUCGAGACAAAUGCAAUUUGAUAAAGUCAAGAAAGAAGAGAAAAAGAAAGAGCGUGAUGACUCUUUAAAUGAUAAUCGAUUAGUGACACAACUUUUCAGAGGAAUUAUCAAACAAGGAGGAUCGUUGUUGUCUGCCAAAACGAAACGCACUGAGGAGACGAAAAAUUCUCAUGAAAUAAUCACAACAAAAUCACAAGAAUCAACUGUGUGCCAAGAAGACAGUGUUGUCGAACGCCUGUCAUCUCCACUUUCUAUAUCAAUACCUACUGCUUCUAUUAGGUGUGAAACAGAGGAAAAAUUAGACAGUAAACCAAGGCCAUUCUCCAAGAAACACAUAAUAAUGAACGCUGUCAAAAGAGACGAAGAUCUUCGCAAAAUCGUCAACAACUCAGAGAAACCUAAAACAGUCAUCUUUUCCAAUCCAGAUAUCAAGAGAUCUCAUAAUACUUCCCCAGUUGGCCCAGAAUCCCCCAAAAUGCCAACGUUAAGUCCCCAACAAAAACUUCUGCCAUCUUGUUUGUCUCAGCAGGUGACAGAACCACCUACGCUUGAUAUUGAUGGUUCCCAUAAACAAGAAUCUUGUGUGCGGCCUGGUCCUUCAGCUUCAUAUUAUCAGGAUAAACGACCAAGGUUAUUAUCGUCUCUUCCUAGGAAACCACAGCCUGUGAUAGAUGACGAGGAAGACGACGAGGAUUUCGGUGGACCUCAACAUGAGGUGUCUAUACAUGAUAAUAGUGUGUUUGCAAAGAGGCCUUUCUUGCACUAUAAGAAGAUUCCUAUUGCCAAUGUUGCGCCUAUGGUUCACGAAAAUUCUGUCGAAGAACAAAACGAAUUACUCCCUAACUCCUUUAACGGAAGUACUAGUUAUAAACGAAAGUUAGAUGAAACGUUUGACAAGCACAUUACAUCGUCAAUCAAGACAUAUUUAAACGAAAAUACUGAAACAGCGCUCAAAUUUUCCGAAGAAGAUAAAUCUUCCUUAGAUGAUAUCAAAUAUGAAGAUGGAAAAUCACUUGUAAAGAGCAGACGGGUGUCGGAUUCCGAAUGCGUGAUUAAAGCAGCAGGUUCUGAUCGGAAUUACAAACCCCUCAAAAUAGAGAGACGUCACAAAUCUUUAAUUCAAGAACCAAGUUCCAACAGACGAGUAAUUCCAGAGCUCAACAAAGAUCUUAUGAUUGCAGAGAGCGACAAGGACCGGCUUACAUUCCACAGUAGAAUCGGCACUACUUCGAAAGCACAGAAAAAGGCAGACGACAUCCGCCGCCGCGCGCGGGAAAGGCACCAUCAGCGCGAGAGAAAUAAGAAGAUUCAGGAAAAUCAAUCUCUCUAUAUCAAAAGCAGACGACAUAGUCAGGAUAAAGCUCGAGGAUUUAUCGAUUUCAAACCGGAAGUUCUCGUCAAUCGAACCCGAACCAAAACUUUAAAAACUGAAAUAUUGUCAGACUCGGACGUUAAAACAGAGGAUGAAGAGGACGUCAGAUGUAUCAAAAGACGCGUCUACAAAAAAUCGGGUCAAAGAAAAACUCAGAAAGCUGCACUGCGAAAAAAUAGCCAAGAACUCACAGGGAACAACACAGACAGUUCGACAGGCAUAUCGCUUAAAAUUGCCUCCAUUGCUCUCACAGAUUGUGUUAGUAAAAACAUAACAGAGACUAAGGCUGAGGAUGGAAUUACAAAGGAAAACCUUAGCCCAUCGAAAGAGAGAACACAGAUAUCAAGAGGAAAUAGUCGUACAUCUGUACACCUUGACGAGAAGGUGUCUUUAGAUUUAUCAAAGAAAUCACUGACCCGUCCUAAACAGAAGCGGAGAUUCCGGAGGAGAUCAAGUACAAAAAGAAUUGGAAAAUGUCGCAGACGGAAAACGAAAUAUCGGAAUAAAAAAAUCACCACCAAGAAAAACUUCAUACCGCUGACGUAUCAGGAUGAUGUUGAUGAUGACGUCUUUGCAAACGAUGAUGUUGAAUCUUCGGGGAAACUAUACACGGGUAUUGUGGCAGUACAAACCAGUGCCACAGAUCCUCAAGCAGCUCAGGAAAUCAAGAAGCUGGUGGUGUGUAAAGACACAGGGGAGACAAUGCUUCAUCGAGCUGCUCGGCUGGGUCACCUGGAUGUGGUCAUUUAUUGCCUUCAAUCAGGAGAUGUUGAUGUCAACACAAAGGACAAUGCAGGCUACACACCUCUUCACGAAUGUUGCGUCAGUGGUAACUUGGAGAUCGCCCGCUUAUUAUUGUCACGUGGUGCAAAUGUCAACUGCGCAUCUCAGGAUGGCAUCAGACCAAUACAUGAUGCUGUGGAAAACGACAACGUUGAGAUGGUUCGAUUGCUUAUCGUGUACGGAGCGGAUCCAACUUUAGCAACAUACGGCGGUGCCUCUCCAGUGAAAAUAGCUCACAGUGAUAACAUGAGAUUACUCAUCAAUGGUUAUUUAGGUGAUAUAAACGGGUUUUCUCGGGACCAGAAAGAGGUAGUGUGGGAGUUUGACCUGUACGGCUCAGGUUGCUUACCGGAAACGGAAAUCUUCAGUGAUAUACCAGAGGAUCCUGUUAUUGAAUCAAAGGACCAAUUCUUAGAAGAGGCCACUAUUCCUUUAUUCCCAGUGAUCAAAUGUCAAAAUGGCGAGAAUGAAAGAAAUGAAUCAUUCGUGUUGGUGAAAGAUGUUUGCGAGUUCUACAAAAUAAAACUCUUUGACGUAAUGAAGAAUCUGGGAAAUGUAAGCACCAGGGAACUUUCUGUAGAAGAAAUUUUACAAAACAAGGAUAAUUUGCUUCUGUUUCAAAAGCUGUCGGUAUUGUCAGCAACUCAAUUACCUGCUGUUCGAGAGGAUUCAGUCAACAACUUGAUGCAGAUUUGUAUACGACUAUCCAACGUUCCUAAAACCAAUGUUAAAAACUCUCCAUCAUCAAAUGGAAUAACAAAAGACGUUCCAUCAAUGUCAACAAAAAACAGCUUAAGGAUGAGCCCACACAAACAGAAUAGUACAGAUACGAAAUUGGUCAAACACUCGUCACAAGACAUUUCUAAACGAAAGACAUUUGAACGAAAGCAAUCUCCAGAACAUAAUUUACAGACUGAAACAUCAAAGAGUUUGCCAUACAAGAAAAAGUUGAUAUGGGGAGACUAUGGUUCUAAUAAACCUUCCACUAGUGGAUAUAGUAAUGACAAAAGUCAGCAGGAGAUUUGUAAAAGUAAGCCGUCCCGUGGAGUAUUCGAUCUCAUUUCUGAUGAUGAAUCAACUGACGACGAUUUCCCUGCCUGGGAACGAACUACUGAUCUCAAGGUUGUCAGGUAUCGCCAUGACAACAUCGAAUUGGUUUCCAAGUCGUCCUCGUCAAAGAUUAAACACAAAAAUUGAAUUGGUGUUAACGAAGAUUGAAUUCAAGACAAGCUAUGCUAUAAUUGGUGAAAUAGGGGUGGUGCAUUUCUUGAAUUCACAUUGAAAUAUGUAUGUAAUAUUUGUUAAGAUUUUGAACAUUUUCUAGGUAAACGGGCAUUGAUGUCCAAAGGACUUUAAAUAAUUUGUUAAAUUGUUUAGCCAUAGUAUUUUUACACAAUUUCAAUGAAAAAUUAUUGGGUGCUAAGGGAGAACAUUUUAUUCCUCAAGAUUGAUCAUGGCAUAAUAACAGCUACAAAGGUCAUGGCCAUGUGACUGCAGUCGUGUUUUCAUUGAUCUGACUUAUUGGUGCUUUGUUGUUUGUUUCUAUAUCGUCUUUCAUUUUCCUGUUACAUGUCGUAAAAUUACGACAAUUCAUAAUCAUUAAAUGGAACUGACGAAUGAUGAUGUAAAUCUGUUGUGUGGUUUCGUGUUUUGUGGACGGUAUAUGUGUAGAUAUAAAGGCUUUUUUCCGGUAGCGGAAAUAUUUCAUUGUGAAGUGGUGUUUUGUUUGUUUUGUUGUUUUAAUUCAAAACUUUUACGAAAUGGACGUAAUUUUCAUGUUACAAUUUUAGAUUUCAACAGUAAUCUACAAUGAUUAAAUCCUUUAUCGUUUGGUUCCAGCUGUGUUUAUGAAUAAAGGUGUCAAAUAGUAUUUGUUAGGUUUAAGAUAAUUUAUAUGAAUUGUAUAUAUAUUACUUUCAGUUGUUUCAAAUUUUGUUGACAAAAUUUUUAUGAAAUUAGAGAAUUUUAGUUACAGAGUUGUUGGUCUAUUGUUGGAGUUAAGCAUUUGUGUGAUUUAUAUAAACGGGUUAACACAUGUGCACCUGUGUCAUUAUACGUGCGAUCUCAUUUUGAAAGCGUUAGGUAACAUUCACAUUUCAAAAAAUGUGAUUUUUUUUUCUUUCAUAUUCACAUCGUUUACCCAACAAAGUUGGAGAUUUUAUCAAUACAUUGAUAUUUUCCAAAAGAUUAUUCAUUUUAUUUUGCUCUAUAAACAAAUCUUGAAAUGCAAUGUUAUAUGUUAGUCAAAAAUUAUUAACUGUUUUCAAAAUAUCUGCAAAAUGUCCAGACUGGUGUCAUCUAAUUAGUGAGAUUUGUGUUCAGUAAAAUGGAUUCUGAUUAUAUAAUUGUUAAAGAUAGAUUUCCCUCAUAUUGUAUCAUUAUGAAAUUUCCCAUUAAAUGGUUGAUAGUUCUAA